UUGAAAGAAGAAUGGUUAUAGGUUUGGGAGGGAAGAAAGAAAGAAAAGAGCAGAAAAGAAAUGAAGAAAGAAAGGCACUGAAUAGUAGAUGGCAAAAGCAAACCUGUCGAGUCUCAUUCACGAACUCCGUGAACGCAUAGCAGCCUCCUCUUCCUCUCCCAUACCCAACAACCCCUCAGACGACGACGCUUUGGAGGUCAGGUUCCGUACCGUUCUUCCCAAUCUUCUCCACGUCUGCGUUCUUCCUUCUUCCACCUCCUCCGACAACCAGAGAGAAGUGAUUGCUGUGGUGAAGCUUAUCUCUCACACCGCCAGAAACUUCCCCGGAGUCUUCUACCACGGCAAGCCCUCCGCCGUUUCCCCCGUCCUCGCGCGGAUUCUCCCUUUCUUUGCCGAACCUCUCUUUCGAUCUCGCCACGGCGUCUUCUUCGAAGCUCUCGAUUCUCUUCUCGCACUGCUUCGCUCGGGAGCCAGAGAUGCUUACCGCCAGUUUUUCGUCGAUUCCAUGUCGCUCAUUCAAGAUAUUUUAUACGUGGCUUCGCUCAAUGUUAAUGGAUCCUCCAGGGUGAUGCUCAAGUGUUUUUCUGAGUUCUUUUCUGGAGUUGAAGACCUUCCGUCCUCCAACAAGCCUGCUGAUGAUUGUGGUUUACUGAUUGACCUCACUGGUCGCAGCCGAUGGCAACCGUUUGCAACGUGGAUUUUGAAACUUCUCAGUAAAUGCCUUACUGAAGGAACGCUCUAUGUUGAAGGAUUGAUCCAUGCGUCCUUUAUUUCUGCUGCGUGCUCUCUUUUGUGCUAUGGGGAUGCUGACCUGCAUAUGGCAUGCUUUGACUUUGUACACACCAUUGGAACGGUGACAAACUAUGAUCUCAUUCCUUAUCAGAAUUUAAUCCUGUCAAUAACCACUAUCUUGAGUGUCGACAAGGAGGGGCUUCCUGUUUUCAGAAACAUGGCUUAUGAUUUGUCAAUGGGUAUUUGCCUUAAUGCACUCUACUCUAGCUGUCCAGAAGAUAUUGUCAAAUUAACAGCCGCUGAUUUAGUUAGUGUAUUCCUUCAAUCGAUGGGGAGAACGAAAAGCCAGCAACUUAAGGUUGCAUUAUGCAGUGCCUAUGCUAGGAUUGCUCAAGUUUGUCCCCCUCAUAUCUGGAAACCAGAAUAUCUCAUAUCUGCACUUUAUCAUUCGGAACCAUGUUUGCCUUUGAUAGAGUGCUUCGAGGUAGCUCUGUCUACUCUUGGCCCACAUCUUGUUCGGGGAAUCCUAGGAAACAAUGAGGAUUUAACUGUGUUAGCAUCAGAAUAUAAGUCAGUUGAAGGCACAAGGCUUGGCCACAAGAGGUCCAUUCAGGAUAUGGAUAAUUUAAGCAUCAAGAGACAAAAAUUGAAUGAAGAAGUUGUGGUUGCAGACGGCAGUCUUGAUGUGGAAUGUAAAAGUAGUUUUGUAGUCACUUGCCAAACAGUAGAAGGUUAUGCUAGCCAUAUGAAUAAAUCUAUUCUUUCAUUUGUUGAUUCAUUAAAUGCUCCUGCUGUCAGACCGGGUUCUUUGAGGCCAGAAAUUGCUUUAUCUGCACUUAGCAUUCUGUGCAUUACCUUCUCUGUUUAUCCAGAGAUUGAUUUGUCUCUCAGAAUCUUUCAGCAGAUGCUUGCUUGGCUUCCAUGGAUAGCUGAUAAGGCAAAACAAGGAAACUCAAUUACUGUAGAUAUUUCCACGUACCUGGAAGGAAUUCACAGUGUAUUGCUUGUGCAAAAUGGAUCUCUCAAAGAACACAACCCUUUAGACGAUGAGAAUUACCAUGUAGACCUCAUACUUGUGCUUAAAAUUCCCUGGACUCACAUGCCUGUUGCUAUUGAUAAUCGUUCUCCAUGCAAAACAAAAUGCCUUUCUCUUCAAGUAGUAUCAAAGCUAGGCCCAAGCUUGAGCGAAAAAGUUGUUCUUGAAGUUUUAGAUCUGGGUCUCCAUGAUCAAGCUGAAGAAGUCAGAACUGAAGCCGUCAUUUCUAUGCCAGUAAUGGUUUUGUGGUCUGUUCUCGAUGUUUCAUCUCCUGUUUUUGAAAGGAUGGAGUAUGUAAAAAGAGAUAAUGAGAAGGUUAAGAAAUUUCUUCCCACAUCUCUUGGUCUUCUAUCAUGUCUUUAUGGAUGCAAAAGAUCUAUAUCUGGUUCGAAUAUAAACGAAUGCAAAUUAUUUGUAAAUGUGAAAAGUGGAAGAACAUGUUCAACAGUAGAUUGUUUACUGCAAGGCUUCUUCUGUUCAAAAUGCAAUGGCAGUUUCAUUUGCAAUCUGGAUAAGAAGCAUGCUCCAAUCGUUCUCCAAUCUGGUACACAUGGAGCAGAUUCAGAUUUUAGUUUUGACAAUAUUUUCAUUCAACUUCAAUCUUUGUUUUUUGAACUUCUAUUUGACGAGUCAUCAGAAGAAGUUCAACUUUCCUGUGCGAGAGUUAUUCAUCAGAUCCUUGCACAUGGAGCCUCUGAUAUUCUGCUAAAAACAAGAUUUAAGUGGAUAAAAUGUGUGGAGUAUCUUCUUACUUGCAGGAGUAAGGAAUUGAGAGAAGCAUUUUGCAGUCAGAUUAGAUUCUUUGUGGAUAAUCUUAUUUUGAGUUCAAUUUUUUCUGGAGAUGCUGAUAAAAGCAAGGAAGAAAAAUUUUUAGAUACACUUAAACAUUCCAUGACCAUAGCUGGUAGUCCACAUAUAUUGGAGACAUUAAUGGAAUGUACAGCAGAAAUAAUGGUUGCUGUCAAUAUGGAUUGCAAACUUUUCAUAUGUUCUCUUAUACUGCUUGUUGAUCAACUAGAUAGCACACACAUGACUGUGCGAAUGAAUGCAUCCAGGUUAAUACACAGAUCUUGCUAUUUCCAUCUUAAAGGAGGCCUUGAGUUAAUUCUUUCAAAAGAUGUCUGUAUUUGUACUGAACUGUAUGAUUAUCUCUCAGAGAGACUUGCCAGCCGUCCAGUCUUAGUGAGGGAGUUUGCAGAAGCUGUUUUUGGUGUUGAAACAAAAGAACUUGUCAAGAAAAUGAUUCCUUUUGUUCUCCCAAAGCUUGUCAUGUCUCACCAUAAUAGUCAAGCAGUUGGCACCUUAUAUGAAUUAGCCAAGUGUUUGAACACUGACUUGGUGCCUUUGAUAGUUAAUUGGCUACCAAAAGUUCUUGCUUUUGCGCUUCAUCAAACUGAUGACCAACAAUUAAUUACAGCUGUGCAGUUUUACCAUGUACAGACUGGCUCUGACAAGCAGGAAAUAUUUGCGGCUGCUUUGCCUGCUCUUCUAGAUGAACUUAUAUGCUUUACAGAUGGUGGCAAUUCAGAUGAGAUAGCUAGAAGGUUAGCAAAAGUGCCUGAUAUGAUUAAAGACAUUGCCAAAGUUCUCACUGGUGCAGAAGAUCUCCCUCUGUUUUUGAGGAAUCAUUUUGUAGGUCUUCUUAACAGCAUAGACAGAAAAUUGCUCCAUGCUGAUGAUUUUAUGCUGCAGAGGCAAUCACUGAACCGUAUUGAGUUGCUGAUUAGAAUGAUGGGUCCUCAUCUUAGUACUUAUGUGCCAAAAUUGAUGGUUCUUCUCAUGCAUGCUAUAGCUAAAGAACCACUGCAAAAGGAGGGUCUGUCUGUCUUGCACUUUUUUAUAAAGCAAUUGUCUAAAGUAUCUCCAUCUAGCAUUAAGCAUAUUAUUUCUCAAGUUUUUGCUUCCCUCCUUCCCUUCCUGGAGAGAGACAAAGAAAAUCCCUCGAUACAUUUGGACAAGGUGGUAACCAUUUUAGAAGAACUUGUUCUUGAUAACAGGGUUAUCCUAAAGCAACAUAUAUGUGAGUUUCCCCCAUUGCCCAGCCUUCCUGCAUUGGCAGAAGUGAACAAAGCAAUUGAGGAUGCUCGUGGAACUAUGACUUUGAAGAACCAAUUGCAAGUUGUUGUUGAUGGUUUAAAUCAUGAGAACUUAAAUGUGAGGUAUAUGGUAGUGUGUGAGCUUCGCAAGCUUCUGGACUCAAGAUGGAAGGAUGUUACUGAUUUGAUAACUGCUGAAGCUGGUUCAGACUUGGAUGUUUUGAGUUCUUUGAUAACAUCAUUAUUAAGAGGAUGUGCAGAAGAAUCAAGGACUGUGGUUGGACAGCGGUUGAAGUUAGUCUGUGCUGAUUGUCUUGGAUCCCUUGGUGCUGUUGACCCUGCAAAAGUAAGAGGUUUUUCAUGCCAGCGUUUUAAAAUUCAAUGCUCUGAUGAUGACCUCAUAUUUGAACUGAUCCACAAACAUCUAGCUCGAGCAUUUAGAUCUGCACCUGAUACUGUUAUUCAAGACUCUGCUGCAUUGGCUAUACAGGAGUUGCUAAAAUUUGCUGGUUGUGAAGCAUCACUGGACGAAAAUGCUCCAACUACUACAUCACAAGCACAAAAGGAUGAGGGUAGUUGCAAUGCUGUUGUAUCUAAGACUAAGAGUACUAAUGGUAGUAAAGGGAUGAAUAAUAGGGGCCAUAAAUUAUGGGAUCGGUUCUCGAAUUAUGUGAAAGAGAUAAUAGCCCCAUGCUUAACAUCUAGGUUUCAGCUUCCUAAAGUAGCUGCUGAUUCAACAUCUGCUGGUCCUAUUUACCUCACAUCAAUGUCCUUUAGAAGGUGGAUAUUCUUUUGGAUAAGAAAACUAACUGCACAUGCUACUGGAUCUCGUGCAAGCAUCUUUAAUGCUUGUCGUGGUAUUGUGCGUCAUGAUAUGCAAACAACCAUAUAUUUACUUCCAUACCUGGUUCUCAAUGCUGUUUGUCAUGGUACUCAGGAGGCACGUCAAGGCAUAGCAGAAGAAAUCCUGUCUGUUCUUGAUGCAGCUGCAUCAGAGAAUAGUGGUGCUUCAGUUCAUGGAUUCAGUGGUGGUCAAAGUGAAGUUUGUAUUCAGGCAGUAUUUACUCUUCUUGAUAACCUAGGACAAUGGGUGGAUGAUGUUGAACAGGAGCUUGCUCUUUCUAUUUCUCAGUCAUCAGUUUCUAAGCAACAAAAGUCAAAGGUCCAGAAGUCAAGUUCAUUUACAGAUCAGGUCCAACCCCAUUUACAGUGUAAAUAUGUCACAGAGCUUCUGUCUGUGAUUCCAAAGGUGACUCUUGCUAGAGCCUCCUUUAGGUGUCAGGCUUACGCAAGGUCCUUGAUGUACUUUGAGUCAUAUGUGAGGGAAAAGUCAGGUUCUUUUAACCCUGCUUCUGAGAGGAGUGGCAUCUUUGAGGACCAAGAUGUUUCACAUCUAAUGGAAAUUUAUAGCUGUUUGGAUGAGCCAGAUGGACUAUCCGGCUUGUCUUGUUUGAGUAAAUCUUUGAGGUUGCAAGAUCAGCUGUUAAUGAACAAAAAGGCUGGGAAUUGGGCUGAUGUUUUAACUUCUUGUGAACAAGCUUUGCAGAUGGAGCCUACCUCAUUUCAGAGGCAUUCUGACGUCCUUAACUGUUUACUAAAUAUGUGCCACCUUCAGGCCAUGGUCACUCAUGUUGAUGGUUUAAUUUCUAGGUUUCCUCAGUACAAGAAAUCAUGGUGCAUGCAAGGUGUGCAGGCAGCCUGGAGGCUUGGCCGGUGGGAUUUGAUGGAUGAGUACCUUGGUGGAGCUAAAGAAGACGGUUUAGUUUGUAGUGGCUCUGAAAGUAAUACUUCAUUUGACUUGAAUGUUGCAGUGAUUCUCCAGGCAAUGAUGAAAAGGGACCGUUUCUCUGUAGCAGAAAAAAUUGCUUUAUCCAAGCAGUCACUAAUUGCUCCCCUUGCUGCUGCAGGAAUGGAUUCUUACAUGCGAGCCUACCCAUUUGUUGUUAAACUGCACUUUCUAAGGGAACUGGAGGACUUUCAUUCUCUUCUGGGUAAUAACUCUUUCUUAGAGAAGUCUUUUCACUUAGAUGAUCAAGCUUUCUCUAAAUUACUGGACAACUGGGACAAUCGACUCAGGUUUACACAGUCAUCACUCUGGGCGAGGGAGCCCCUCCUGGCUUUCAGAAGACUGGUAUUUGGUGCAAGUGGCCUUGGUGCUCAAGUUGGGAAUUGCUGGCUUCAAUAUUCAAAACUGUGUCGCCUGGCUGGUCAUUAUGAAACAGCCAAUAGAGCAAUUUUGGAAGCUCAGGCCUCUGGGGCCCCUAAUGUCCACAUGGAAAAAGCAAAACUUCUUUGGAGCACACGGCGGUCUGAUGGUGCCAUUGCAGUGCUGCAACAAUCUCUCUUGGACAUGCCUGUUGAGGUUUUAGGUUCUGCUGCAAUAUCAUCUAUUACUAGCUUGUCUCUCUUACCACUAAAUACACAGCCUAUUCUUUGUGAAAGUCAGACCACGAAUGAAAAUAGAAACAUUGCAAAGACCCUUCUUCUGUACUCAAGGUGGAUCCAUUACACUGGGCAGAAACAGAAGGAAGAUGUAAUAAGUCUUUAUACCAGGGUGAGGGAACUGCAACCUAAAUGGGAGAAAGGGUACUUUUAUAUUGCUAAGUAUUGUGAUGAGGUGCUUGGUGAUGCCAGGAAACGGCAGGAGGAGAAUUCUGAACUUGGUCCUAGAAAGAUUCCUUCAGCAACUGUUGUUGGCUCAUCAAACCUGAAUGGUGAGAAGCGAUGGUGGACCUAUCUUCCUGACGUACUAUUAUUCUAUGCAAAAGGACUUCACAGGGGACACAAAAAUUUAUUUCAGGCACUUCCAAGGUUAUUAACCCUGUGGUUUGACUUUGGAAGCAUGUAUCAAAGAAGUGGUUCAUCAAACAAGGAUUUAGUGAAUGUACAUUUGAAGGUAAUGAGUAUUAUAAGAGGCUGUUUGAUGGAAUUACCAACAUACCACUGGUUGACAGUGCUACCUCAAUUGGUUUCAAGGAUUUGUCACCAGAAUGUGGAGACUGUUCGACUGGUCAAACUUAUCAUUACCUCUGUUCUGCGCCAGUAUCCACAACAAGGCUUAUGGAUAAUGGCUGCUGUUUCAAAAUCCACUGUUCCUUCAAGGCGGGAAGCAGCAGCUGAAAUUAUACAAGCUGCUCGUAAAGGUUUCAGCCCAGGAAGUAAGGAGAACAGUUUAUUUGUUCAAUUUGCUACACUGAUUGAUCACCUGAUCAAGUUAUGCUUCCAUGCUGGUCAGUCAAGAUCAAGGACAAUUAAUCUCUCAACUGAAUUCAGUUCUCUGAAGAGGAUGAUGCCCCUGGGAAUUGUAAUGCCAAUUCAACAAUCUCUUACUGUUAAUCUUCCGACAUGUGAUGGGAAUCUGGGUGGUUCACUUAUGUCUAAUAUCUUUUCGGCUACAGAUCUUCCUACUAUAUCUGGCAUUGCUGAUGAGGCAGAAAUUCUUUCUUCUCUUCAGCAGCCUAAGAAAAUUGUUCUAUUAGGCAGUGAUGGUCUUGAGCGCCCAUUUCUUUGCAAACCAAAGGAUGACCUUCGGAAAGAUGCUCGCAUGAUGGAGUUUACUGCAAUGAUCAAUCGAUUGCUGUCCAAAUAUCCUGAGAGUCGUCGAAGGAAGCUUUAUAUUCGAACAUUUGCUGUGAUUCCUCUGACAGAAGACUGUGGCAUGGUAGAGUGGGUGCCUCACACUCGUGGACUGCGGCACAUUCUUCAAGACAUCUAUAUUACCUGUGGAAAAUUUGAUAGGCAGAAAACUAAUCCUCAAAUUAGACAAAUUUAUGAUCAAUGUCAAGGUAAAAUGCCAGGGGAUGAGAUGCUAAAGAACAAAAUCCUUCCAAUGUUUCCUCCCGUUUUCCACAAAUGGUUCCUGACAACAUUUUCAGAGCCUGCUGCAUGGUUCAGGGCCCGUGUUGCUUAUGCUCACACGACUGCAGUUUGGUCCAUGGUUGGGCAUAUUGUGGGACUGGGUGAUCGGCAUGGUGAAAAUAUUCUUUUUGAUUCUACAAGUGGUGAUUGUGUUCACGUUGAUUUCAGUUGCCUAUUUGACAAAGGUUUGCAAUUGGACAAGCCUGAGCUUGUUCCUUUUAGGCUAACUCAGAACAUGAUCGAUGGCUUAGGAAUAACUGGAUAUGAGGGUAUCUUUUUGAGGGUUUGUGAAAUUACACUUUCAGUACUGAGGUCGCACAGGGAGACUCUCAUGAGCGUGCUCGAAACUUUCAUCCACGAUCCUCUUGUGGAAUGGACGAAAUCUCACAAGUCCAGUGGUGUAGAAGUUCAAAAUCCACAUGCACAGAGAGCAAUUAGUAAUAUUGCGGCAAGGUUACAAGGAGUAGUUGUUGGGGUUGGAGCUGCGCCAUCAUUGCCACUUGCUGUAGAAGGUCAAGCUCGUAGACUAAUUGCUGAAGCAGUCUCUCUCAAGAAUCUUGGAAGGAUGUACAUAUGGUGGAUGCCUUGGUUUUGAAGAUUUGGAUGGGUAGAGAAGUUUUUUCAUGUCUUUUCAUACAGAGAGUCAAUCUAUAAACUGAACAAAUGAAUGCAUGGAUGAAGGUGGUCCUGCUUUUGGUCAAAGAGUUACAAUACCAUUCUGCCAAAAGAUUUGGAUGAGUGGAGCUUGACGCCCCCAUAGUUUGCAUGUACACCUUGCUCUGCUUCGCAGGGAUCCAUCCCUUAGAAGCAUGUUUAAAAGGUGCUGCUAUUUGAUUGUAUAUAAUCUUUUAACAUACUUACCAACCACUUCCCUUUUUAAGGAUAAUAUGAUUAAAGAAAAUAAACUUUUUGUAUUUAUAAGAAAGUUAUUCAUCUAUUAGGUUCCCUGCUACCAAUCAUUUUACAAGAUAAUUGCGUCGCUAGGAGCUAUGUAAAUUUUCCACAAUCAUAACUUGACUUCUUGAAAUAUUGACUAACUAAGAAUGUGGCCAAGAUGUUUUCCCUCAAAAAAGUAACCAAUUUGGACUCAGCCUGCUGAAUAGAACCCACCAUAUAAGCUGUGGCACUGACAUCAAUGCUUCUCCAUCUUCUCUCCUUUGCAUAUUUCUUCAAGCUUUCCUCAAUCUUUUUAUAAUGCACCUCUUCGGCUUUCUCUUUGACACCUCUUCCUGGUUCUUCGGAAAAGGCCUCCGCUAAGCAUCUGGCCAAAACAACCCCAUCCUCUAAAGCACAACACCCUCCCUGUCCAAGGUCAGGAGUCAUGGGGUGGAAAGCAUCUCCACCAACACAAGCGUUGCCCUUACUAAUGUUCCCCAACAUCAGAUCCCAGGGAUGUCUAUAUCGCAAUGGAGAUGAUAAAAAUCCAUCUACAUCCGUUUUUUCUAUGAAAGCUCUAACAUCACUUGGCAUGUUCUCAAGCUUUUCUAACACGUAUUGUUUCAGUUUGGCAGGGUUCUCUUCUAGCUCUUUCUCUGCAAGGCAGGCAAAUGACAACGGUAAGCACAUUUUGAAUGUCUACAGGCAUGUAUAGUGAAUGAAUGAUAUGAUAUUUUUUUCAAUGUAAGUUUCCAGUUAAGAACUUGUAUUUAAGAAAAUUCACCUUGGCUGGUGGGUAUCCAAGUGAAAAACCAGUAGACUGCCUUUUCAUUACAAGGAACAACACCAGCUCGAAUACCUUUGCCGGAAAACCGCAUGAACCUGGGCUGAAACCCAUGGUUGGUCUUGAACUCUGCAAAACCCCUGACUGCAUAUCUCCCAGUAAAAGAGGCCUCCUUGAAGCCUAGCCACUUUGCCACCAAGGAGUUCACUCCAUCACACCCAAUCAACACCUAUUACCGUUGAAAACAUCCAAGUAUUAGUUGGAGCUUACUAACUUGGAUUCAUAACAGUUACUUCGCUUGUUUGCUUCUCAUACAAGAAAUAUCCAUGCUUAUUUCUUCU